AUGGCUGAGAUGCUCCUGAAGGCACAAAAGUACAUGAACGCGGAAGAUGCUCUAGCUGCCAUAAAAGAUACUGAGAGGCUAGGAGACAAGUCUAAAGGGGAAGACGACCGCAGAGGGCCAUUACAUUCGUCCCCCAACGUACGCGACAAGAACAAGUAUUGCCGGUUCCAUAGAGGCCACGGCCACAACACAGAAGAUUGCAGAGACCUGAAGGAACAAAUAGAGGAAUUAAUACGGAAAGGAAAGUUACAGAAAUAUGUAAAAAAAGGAGAAUAUAACAAGUUUAGAGACGACAACAGGACCCAACAUGAAUCCUUCACUCGGGAUGACGACCAUCCGUCCCAGCCUCCACGCAAAGUGAUCGGGGAGAUAAACACGAUCACGGGAGGACCAUCCUCAGGAGGAUCAUUUAGAUCACUCAAAAAAGCAUGCCACAGACAGGUGAACAACGUCCACACCAUGCCUCCGUCCAAGCACCGACGAACAUACCAAGACAUGUCCUUUAAUGAAGGAGACGCCAGGGGAGUAAAGCAGCCUCACAACGAUCCCCUGGUCAUAGUGCUGAAUAUAGAAGGGUUCAAUACCAGAAGGAUCCUUAUUGAUAACGGGAUCUCAGCGGAUAUCAUCUACCUCCCAGCCUUCCAGCAGUUGAGAUUAGAUCCAAAAAGGCUCUGCCCUUUUGACUCUCCGCUCGUCAGCUUCAGUGGAGACAGGGUCUACCCCAGGGGUAUAGUGACUCUGACGGUGACGGAAGGGACCUACCCAUUGCAGUUGACCAAACAAGUAGACUUCUUGGUGGUAGAUUGCCCCUCGUCCUACAAUGUCAUCAUUGGGAGGCCCACCCUAAACAAGUGGAAGGCGGCGACGUCGACCUACUGUUUGAAGGUGAAAUUCCCAACAGACAACGGCGUGGGUGAAGUGAAGGGUGACCAAGUCCUGGCAAGGGAAUGCUAUCGUACUGGCAAAAAAGGAGAACCACACGUGGACGAUUGA